AUGACUACGCAAGAGAUGCCAGGUACACGAACAUUGCCUCUUUAUUUAACAAAAGAGCACAAGGAUUAUUUCAAACAAGAGUUGACUAUUGGUCCCAAAACACAAGCACGAUCAAGUAGAUUGACUCCACUAAGCUUCAAAUUGAACGAAGCAAAAUCACCAUUACCUACUUAUAAUCCAUUAUCAAGUCCAACGGUUGACAACACUACGCCAGAAGCCCAUGUUAGAUUCUCACCAGAAGUUGACCGACCCAAGGAAGAAUUGGUUAGAAGAGUGGAAGAGAUUAUUCAAACCGAAGCUAGUUAUGUCUCCCAUUGUAGCAACUUGAUGAUACAAUAUUUAUCCAAUUUACAACAUUUUCAAAUGGAACUCCCAGCCGCAGUACUCAUCACAAAAGAGUGUGUGCAAGCCCUCAUUGAAAUUCAUAGACCAUUGUUACAGGAAAUGACCAGUAUAAGGAGUAAAAAUCAGAGUAUAAUUGAUCAAUGUAACAAGAUCGCAAAGUCUAUAGCCAAGUCGGGAGUUUCUGUUUUCUGGUACAGCUUGUAUUGCACACAUUACGAUCAAUUGGUUCCAUUUGAACUAUUUAUUGAAAAUGAAAAGGAAAUCAAGAAUCAAGGGGAUACACCACUGAUGAAAUCAUUCUUUUUGGGAAUCAAAAACUUUUUAGAAGGUCAACAAGUUGCAAUCAAACGCAAGGACUUAUCGUUCAUGUCAUUAUGCCAAAGACCAGUGGAUAGAAUAGUCAAGUACAAGCUUUUCAUCAAAGGAAUGAAGAAUACGUUUGCUGAAUUGGGUGAAGAUACAACCACUUUGGAAAAAGCAUUUGAGUUGAUUUCGCAACAAUUGACUGAAAUUGAUGAAUCAAGAAUAUCUAUGCAAGAAAAUAGACAAUUGAAUUUGUUGGUAAACUUUGCUGGACCUGAAACUAAUCCCUUGUAUCAGAGAUUGAAUCUUGAAGCCAAUUUCUUUGGCAAUCCAGUAGCUAUUGGGUUUGCUUCAGUAAUAUUUGUAAAGAGUUCAAAACCAGAAAUGAUUUAUUCCCCAAUCGUUCUUUAUAAAGCACACCUUGUCAUUCUUGAAUAUAAUCAAGUGAUUAAUCGACACACCCCCGGAAAGUAUAAGCCAAAAUUCAUCAUUCCCUUACUGAAUACUUCAAUGGUUAAAGAAUUCAGGCAUGGAUUGCUGGUUAAUCAGUCUACAAAUAUCAAAUUACAAUUCAGAUCUUGUUCAAAUCAAUAUCAAGUGGUAUUGUGCUUUUUAUCUUUCGAAGAGUUUGAAUUUUGGAAAGUAAAAUUUGAUCUUUUGAUAAAUGUUACCCACCAAGGGUCUUGUGAAUACAAACUGGCGACUGACCACUUAUUCUGCCUUACUCCCAAGUAUUUAACUCCAUGUUGGAAAGACGAAUAUGAUAACUCAGAAGAUAUUAACCACUAUGCUGCCUCACAAUUAUCCAUACAGGUUAAGUUUCGUAUUGACUUAUGUCUCAAGAAUAAAGUUCAUGUAAAGUAUGAAGAAUUAUCCCCUGGACCGAAAUACACUGUUAUGCUAUGGCUUAUUGACGUAUACAACAGUGAACGUCACUUUAAACAGAUUGCAAGUAAAGAAAUCCCGUUUCAUACAUGCACUAGAACUAAAUGA